AUGACGAUUAAGUUUAGGGUUUACGCUGCAUGUGACUUCAAUCGGCACAUUGGGGUUUUUCUGAGAAGUUAUGAUGAGUUGCGUGAAGGGUUUGGUUUCGGCGACAGAAAUGGUGAAGGGGUUGCUCUGUUGGAUUUUGUGAGGGCUUUUGGGCUGGUGGUUGUGAAUUCGAGCUUCCCGAAGAAGGAGGAUCACCUUAUUACUUUCCAAAGUGCAUCAGCCAAGACUCAGAUUGACUUUCUGCUGCUUAGGAAAGGGGAUAGGUUUCUUUGUAAAGAUUGUAAAGUCAUUCCGAGUGAACAACUUUUGACUCAGCACAGGCUUCUGGUGAUGGACUUAUUUAUCAAGAAGAGCAAAAAGAGUAGGGCUGGAGAGAGGCGACCUAGAAUUCAGUGGGGUAGAUUAACACCAGUUAGUGUGCUGGAGUUAGAGGAGAAGAUGGCGGAAAUGAGAAUGUGGGAGUGUAGGGGGACGUGGAUGUCAUGUGGGAUAAGGCGUCCAGCUGUAUCCGGGAGACGGCUAAAGAGGUGUUGGGGGUUUUAA